GACUGAUCUAUGUACAAUGUACAUGUACCUAUACCCCUCCAUAAGCAUUGCGCCUCAUGUUCUAGAUGAAGCUUUCUUAACAUUGUAGGUAGCUCCUACAACAAUUACAACGAUUACCAAGCCUAGGUAGUUGCGUUGCUGUGGUUAGUUGCCUGCUUGCCUGAAGGAUGUUUUAGAUUUUAGUAACGAAUAUACAACCAAAUAUAGUAGUUUGUUGCUUCACCAAACUCAAUCUUCAAAACUUCCUUGAACCUUGUUACUCACAACUUCUGUAACUCAUUUCUGCCACCGUUCACCAACAUCUUCUUCCGUACUCUCUUCCAGCUUCACCCCUCAUUCUCCCUCAAGAUGGCAUGUCCACACCUUGAUUCCAUCUCCUUGAGCCCUCCGACGCCAGCCCAGUCGGUCUACCGUGAAGACUGCACCCAGUGCUUCGACUCGAUUGAUGAGCCUCAAGGUCUCGACGUCUGUCUACAAUGCUUCAACGGAGGCUGUCUGGGCGUUAGAACCCAUUCACAGCUUCACCAUGUUACCCGCAGUCAUCCCCUCGCCCUUAACAUUCGUCGAACUCGAAAAAGGGUCGUCAAAGAUGAACCUCCCGCGAAGAUGACCAAGCUAGCGAUUGCCGCCGAGACCGAAGCCGACCGCUACGAUAUCACAACCGCCGUUAAAUGCCUAGAGUGCUCCACAGAGCUCGACAAGACUAGCCCAAAGCUAGCACCUAUCGUGGAUGGCAUUCUCAAGGCGAAUACUUUCUCGCGACAAGAGGAGGUCAAGGCAUGGGAACAAGAGCUGACUUCCUGCGAACAUAUUCUCUUAUUGCAGCAGCAGGAGGGUCGCAUACUUCAAAGCGACUUGGGUCACUGUUCGAAGUGCGACCUCAAGGAAAAUCUAUGGUUGUGUCUGGAAUGUGGUAACUUGGGCUGCGGUCGGGCUCAGUUCGGUGGUGUAGGAGGUAAUUCUCACGGCUUAGCACACGCUACUGAGUCGAAGCACGCUGUUGCUGUAAAGCUGGGAUCCAUCAGUCCGGAGGGAACGGCGGACGUGUACUGCUACCAAUGCGACGAAGAGCGUGUGGAUGGCGACCUUGCAACUCAUCUAGCACACUGGGGCAUCAUACUCUCCGACCGGGUAAAAACGGAGAAGAGCUUAACGGAGAUGCAGAUCGAGCAAAACCUACGAUGGGAAUUUUCCAUGACUACAGAAGAUGGGAAGGAACUUAAGCCGUUAUUCGGACCUGGCCUAACAGGAUUGAAGAAUUUGGGAAAUAGCUGCUACCUCGCCAGCAUAUUACAGUGUUUAUUCGAUCUUCCUGCCUUCCAGGCGCGGUACAAUAUCCCCGAGGUCGACCUACCCAUCGUGCCCGAUCCAGCUCAGGAUCUCGAGACGCAACUUCGCAAACUAGGGGAUGGUCUAUUGUCAGGCCGUUACUCUAAAUCGGAUACGGAUGUUGUGGCGUCCGAGGGCUCGCCAGAGAUCCCUUACCAAAAAGGCUUAGCUCCUAGCAUGCUGAAGCACCUCAUCGGUCGAGGCCACGACGAGUUUUCGACGAUGCGCCAACAGGACGCGUUCGAGCUUCUACAACAUCUUGUCAAACUCAUCACUAGAUCGCAGCAUCCAGCUCCUUUCACGGACCCUACUCAGCCCUUCAGGUUCGUUCUCGAGCAACGGCUGCAAUGCCUAAGCUGCAAGAAAGUGCGCUAUACCACCAACGAGCAGGACAGCAUCUUUAUCGAUGUACCCAUAGAAAAGCUUCCGGCUGUAGAGGGUGAAGGGCCGCGUUACAAGCCUGUUUCGCUCAAACAAUGCCUCGACAACUUUACGGCUCAAGAGGUGGUGGAGUUGACUUGCGCAUCAUGCGGAAGCAAGGAUGGAUUCACGAAACGUUCUCUAUUCAAAACUUUCCCAACUACUCUUGUAGUCAACGCACGAAAGAUGACAGUCGAGAACUGGGUUCCUCGCAAGGUCGACGUUCCUGUCUUAGUAGGGGAUGAGCCGUUCCCUCUCGACGAAUAUCUCUCGCCCGGGCUCCAACCGUCGGAAGAGCCGCUGCCGGAAGAGGAAUCUGCUGCUGCCCCGGCUUUUGUUCCAAACGAGGCUGCGCUUGGAGAGUUGAUGGCCAUGGGAUUCCCUCGCCCCCGGUGCGAGAAGGCUCUCCAUGCAACUGGCAACUCGGACGCCGCUUCAGCUAUGGAGUGGCUAUUCGGUCACAUGGAGGAUCCUGACAUCGAUGAACCACUCGUUAUCGCACCAGCUACUCAGGGAGGCAAUGCCGCGGUGGACCCUGAGAAGAUCGAGAUGCUUGGCGCCAUGGGAUUCGGUGCACCGCAAGCCCGCAAAGCUCUAAAGGAGACCAACGGAGAUGUUGAACGUGCCGUUGAGUGGCUAUUUAGCCAUCCAGAUGAACAAGGCGAUUUUGGUGAUGAGGCCACACCGUCCGCUGGAGACAAGAAAGAGACUGCUCCUGCUGGUAGUGCGGAUCUGCCAGCCACAUUCCAACUGCAGAGUAUCGUAUGCCACAAGGGUACGAGUAUCCACACAGGGUAGGUUAUAUUGCAGUUCUGCAUGGUGAUUCGGUACUGACACGAAGAUAGACACUACGUGGCGUUCAUUCGAAAGUUGCUGGAUACUACAACACCAAAGUGGGUACUUUUCAACGACGAGAAGGUAGUCGAAGCAGGCGACGUAGAGGAGAUGAAGAAGACGGCAUACGUCUACUUUUUCAACCGUGUAAACUGAUGGGAAGCAACGGAGCCCAGUGAAUAGGCAGGUAGGCAGGCAAGCAGGCGGGAGAAAUCGGUGUACAUGACAAUAGUUAGAGCUCCCUUCAUAGAAUCCAAGGAAUGAGGGUUGAAGCAUCGUGAUUUUCAAAGCACAGGAACCAAAAAAAA